AUGGACAAGCCAUUGGGUACAUCAACAGACCACAUUGAGUCAGCCUCCACGGGUAAACAACUACCCAGAGAGGUGGAAGACAUCAACUCCAUCCCUCUAGGAUGGUUUGUCUGGAUGGUGGCUACUACUGCCUCCAUUGCAGGUCUGCUGUUUGGAUAUGACACCGGUAUCAUCUCUGCGGUAUUAGUCUACAUCGGAAACGACUUGAAUGGACGAGCGCCGUCCCACAGUGAGAAAGAGAUGAUUACAUCUCUUUGCUCAGGUGGUGCUUUCUUUGGAGCCAUAUUCGCUGGUCUGACAGCCGACAAGGUAUGCAACUUCCACUCUCCGUGGGACUCCCGAGACACACGCUCAUCCAAAAAUGAUAGUUCGGCCGCAAAACUCCUAUCUACAUCGGCUGCUUCCUUUUCACCGUCGGCGCAGCCCCUGCAAGCCUCCGCCUAUACAAUUGCUCAAAUGGCAGUAGGCCGCUUUGUCGUCGGUCUAGGUGUUGGCUCUGCCGCGAUGAUCGUGCCUCUUUACGUAGCGGAGCUGGCCCCAGCGCAGGCGCGAGGCCGACUGAUUGGUUUAAACAACAUCUGUAUCACAGGUGGCCAAGUUCUUUCGUACGCUCUCGGUGCGGCAUUUGCUUCUGUCGAUCACGGCUGGCGGUAUAUGGUCGGCCUCGGUGGUAUUCCGUCCAUCAUCCUUGCAAUUUUGCUUCCGUUAUGUCCCCCCUCACCACGACAAUUGGUUUACCAAGGCCAUUCCGAUGAAGCAAGGGGUGUUCUGCGGAAGAUAUACGGACACGCUACAGAAUCACAGAUUGAAUACAUUCUGGGCACAAUUCAGGACGCAUGCGAUGAAGCGCGUCAGAUGAAUGACAAUGAAAGCAAAUGGAGCAAAAUCGUCCAACUUCAUCGUGUUCCAGCCAACAUGCGCGCAUUGUUUAGCGCCUGUGGAUUGAUGGUUUUCUCUCAGAUGUCAGGGUUCAAUACCUUGAUGUAUUAUUCAUCAACACUGUUCGCCAUGGUCGGAUUUAGCAACCCUGUUGCCGUCGGAUUAAUCGUCGCAGCUCCCAAUCUCGUCAUGGCUUUUGUGAACGUCAUGCUCGUCGAUCGUCUCGGUCGUCGGCGACUGCUUCUCUACACCUCAUGGGGAAUGUGCGCUGGUUUGAUUGCCGUUACAGUCGCAUUCGCUUUCCUUCCAGUCGACACUGAGACCCUUGAAGUUAUCGUUGGCGGGACUCCUCCCCAAGCCAUAGUUAUUCUCGUGUUCCUGUUGUGGUUUGUGAUUUUCUACGGUGUUUCUGUCGGCAAUACGGCAUGGAUGAGCGCGGAUUUCUUCCCUCUUGAGGUGCGGUCUAUGGGUACGAUGUGGAUGUCGUGCUCUACGUGGGCGAGUAAUGUCAUUGUGUCCAGCACGUUCUUGUCGAUGAUGAAGUCCUUGACGCCAUCGGGUACUUUCGGGUUCUAUGCUGCUCUCUGUGGUCUUGGGUGGAUUUGGAUAUAUUUCUUUUACCCGGAAGUAUCUGGCUUGCAGCUUGAGGAGAUCCGUGAGGUCUUUGAGAGGGGUUAUGGAAAGGCAAUGAGGAAUUCCAAACCGUUGGCAUCAAGGGGGCAGGAGGCUUAA